CGUUCCCUGGCUUGUGGGACUUCGGGCCGAGCCCCGGGCCGCCGGGAUGGCGCCUCAGCCGCCUUCGCCCCAGCUGCUGCUUCUGGCAGCCCUUGCGGGACUCCUAGGUCCCAGUGAGGUGGUAGCUGAGCCAGAGGAGGAAGCGGGGGCCAGUUGUCCCGAGGGCCCGUGGCCUCUGCCCCCACAGGUGUCACCAAGAGUGACCUACACGCGGAUGAGCCCAUGGCCGGCUGAGGAUGUCACCUUCCUCUACCACCCCUGUGCCCACCCUUGGCUGAAGCUCCAGCUUGCCCUCCUGGCCCACGUUUGUGUGGCCCAGCCCUCACUGGCCCCGGACUCCAGCCUUACUCAGGAGCGGCCCUUGGUGCUGGCAGCAUGUGGGGUGGUGCUGGAGAUGGCAUGGAUAGAGCCAGCCUGGGCUGCCCACUGGCUGAAGAGGCGGCGGCGGCGGCGGAGGAGGCUGAGGAAGGAGAAGGCAUGGUUCUGCUCUGACGGUCUUUCUGGGUCUUCUCCCUUGGUGCCAAGACCAGGUAGAGGGAGGCUGUGCCGGAGAGGGUGUCUGCAGGCCCCAGCUUUGGCUUUUACCCUGCGGAGCUGGCGGCCCCCAGGUGUGGAGGAGGCAGCUGGAGGGUCCGGGCACCUCUCUGCUGGCGGUGCCAAGAGGCGUGGGCCGCGGGCCGCUCUCGGUCUCCAGCCCACGCCCUCAGCCCUGAGGCUCCCCCCUGCCUCUCCACGGAGCUUGGAGGCCAAGCAGCCCAUGCCGGCAGCCCGGGGUGAGGGGAGUGAUGCCCCAUCUGUGCCCACUCUCCCCUUGAUGCAUGAGGGGCCCAGAGGCAAUGCCAGCUCCAGGAUAGAGGCUCAAGUGCUCAAAGGGCAAAGCAGCCCAGGGGACUGUACCUGUCCAAGUGAGGCUUCCCCAGCCCCUCGGGCAGCAGUGCCCCCGCGGGUAGCCCGGGGCCCUACCCCGCGCACGGAGGAGGCUGCUUGGGCGGCCAUGGCCCUGACCUUCCUGUUAGUGCUGCUCACUCUGGCCACGCUCUGCACACGGCUGCACCGAAACUUCCGACGGGGGGAUAGCAUCUACUGGGAGCCCACAGGGGACAGCCAGGACACGGUGGCUGCUGUGCUGAAGCGGAGGCUACUGAUGCCCCCGCGCCGGGUCAAGCGCUCCCGCCGGAGACCCCUCCUCCCGCCCACGCCGGACAGCGGCCCGGAUGGGGAUAGCUCCGACUGACUUGACCCGAGCCCUGCCACUUUGGCGGAUUUGGUUUCGCCGCGCCUGGUGAGGCCGCGACCUCUGCCACGUGGACCCUGCGCAGGACCGCCCCCUGGUGGCCGGAUGGAGCAGUCCUGCCUAAGCAUUGCAAACGGGCUUGUUCUUAAGGUGUGGUUGGCUGGGGGCGGCGGGGGUGGGGGAGGGAUGGG